AGAUGGCCGUAGACGCAAGGAGCGCCGCGAUCGCGCUAACGGUUCGGCCACGCGCCUUCGAGGCUCCGCGCCGCGGCCUUUCGAUUUCUGAUCGACGGGAAACUGUUGGUUUACGGGCGCUCUCCUUCGACGAGGACAUGUUUCCGUCGGCCGUGCUCGGUUGAAACACACGGUACCAGUACCAGUACGAAUUUUCCCGUCGGUCGACAAACUGCCGCGCGUACGUUGCUCGGGAGAGCGUACGAUACUCGCUUGUCCGCUUUCUCCUGUAUGUCGUCAAUGGCACGGGAUGGGGGUAAUAGUCAGAAAAUCGCAGAUGCUUGUUCGCGCGACCCGCGAUCUUCUCGUCUUCCGUUUUCCGUCUUCCGUCGCUCGUCGUCGCCAUCGGCGGUCGUUGUUUUCGCUCGCCCGUCGGUUGUUCGUCGGUCGGUCAUCCGUCGGUCGGUCGGUCGGUCGGUCGUCGUCCGUCGGCCGUUUGGUAUCGAGGAUCGGCGGUCAUCGAGCGUCGAGCGUCGCGAGCAUCGAGGAUCGAGGAUCGAACAUCGAGCAUCGAGCAUCGAGCGACGAGCGUGUCGGGCAUAUCGUUCGGUCGUGGUUCUACAUAUUCCCGUACGUCCCGAGCCCCUCGGUUAGCAUGUUAGCAGUUCUCGCGCAGCUCUCGAGUUCCGCGUCUGCCGUCCGCCGUCGCCUCUCGCUCCGAUUAUCGCUUGACACGCGCGAGCCGAGACUUUUGCCAGUGGGGAGGCGCCACGCUGGAAAGCAAACCUCGACAACGACGUUCUCCACGCGAUCGUGAUCGUGAUUCCGAUUUCGAUUCCCGAUCUCAAACGUAGUAAUCCCGGUUCCGCUCCCACUCCCGGUUCCCCGUUCCUACCACACGAUCCCUAAUCCCUUAUUCCUAGCCCGGUCCGGUUACCGGAUCGCGGAUCCCGCACGGUAUUCUUCAAAAAUUAAACGAGCUUGAUCGGUCCACGGCCAGUGGCGUCGCAACGUUGCGCUGCGCGCCACUCGUUCCGCGGGCGCUACCGCGAUCCCACGAUCUCGAGAAUGGAGGAAUCCGGAAUCGAUAUGGGAUUCGAUCUCGCCGCUAUCACGGCCGACUUGGAGCAUCGAGAAGCUGAUCUGUCCGGGCGGCGAUGCGAGCAGAAAUGCACCGGGAUUGGCUUCGAACGACUGUCGCACCUCCAAGGAAAUGAAUGUAACCCCGACAACGGCUGGGAAGAGACUUUAUCUUUUUUGCCGACGCCGAUGCAGGAUAUCAUGUAUUACGAAUUAAAGAGUAGGACGCCGAACACCGACAGUCCGCCGACGUUCAAGACUGCGACGCCCACCUCGCGCACGCAAUUGAAGCUCCAGCUGAUGCGAGAGCAGCAGCAGGAACAAGAAAGGCGGGAGGCAGAAUUUCGUCAGAGCUUGCAGCAGCAGAGGCCGGCAGCUGCUCCUCCCAGACCCGUACCCCCCGCGUCCCUUUCAACCAUCGGGGUGGACGUGCCGCCGCAGGUCUUGCAAGUGCGCACGCUGUUGGAGAACCCGACGCGUUAUCAUGUCGUUCAGAAGCAAAAGAAUCAGGUUCGACAGUAUCUGCACGAAUCGUUUCGCGGCGGUGCCGUCGAUUGCGCCGAAACCGAAAGCGUCCUUGGAAAAAACUCGGUCGAGACUGUAUCCACGUCCGGGCCACUGCUUGUCCAGAGUGCACCGCCCGGCCCGGCAGUGCAUCAUUCUAAACCGCAGCACCCUCAUCUGGCAUCGUAUCCGCACCCGCAGCCGCAACUGCAGCAGCAACAGCAACAGGAUCAGCAACAGCAUCAACAACAACAUCAGCAACAACAUCAGCAACAGCAUCAGCAACAGCACCAGCACCAGCAGCAUCAACAGCAGCUGCAACAGCAACAACAACAACAGCAACAGCAAUCACAACCGCACCCACACGCGCACCCACACGCGGCUGCGGCCGCGGUACUGUCGCAUGGCAAUUCGGUUACGGCCAGCCCGGAUCCUACAUCCGGCGGCAUGUCCCCGGGUCUUUCCAGUGUCGCCACUAGCAAUUCCGAGACGGAGGAUCUGCUCGACGAUAUCCUGUCGUUCGAGGGCGGAUCGCUGGGCGACAGCUUAAAGGACGGCCAACCAGGAAGCCUGUCGAGUAUCCCGGAGCUGCAAAUCAAACCGGAGCCGUUGUUGCUCACCGAGGCGGAAAUCCAUGCGCUCGCGAAGGAUCGACAAAAGAAAGACAAUCAUAAUAUGAUUGAGAGGCGACGACGUUUCAACAUCAACGACAGGAUCAAAGAGCUCGGCACCCUUCUGCCGAAAACCAACGAUCCAUAUUACGAGAUCGUUCGCGACGUCAGGCCGAACAAAGGUACGAUCCUGAAGUCGUCGGUCGAGUACAUAAAGCUUCUGAAGAACGAGGUGACGAGAAUGAAGCAGCACGAGCUCAGGCACAAGCAGCUGGAGCACCAGAAUCGUCGGCUGCUCUUACGAGUGCAGGAACUGGAGCUUCAGGCGAAGGCCCACGGAUUACCGGUCUCCGACUUCAAUUGGGCUUCGACUUCCAGCAGUGUGCUGAACGCCUUCUCGCGGAGCAAGCUCGAGCAUCGCAAGAUUCCGGAUCUCGUCGCGGAAGAGGCUACGAGUUUGAGCAUGUCGCAGCUCGAAGACCUGAUGGAGGACGACGCGAGCGGCCCGAUCCACAGCGGCGACCCGAUGCUGUCCUCGCCGCUUCUUGCUCCUCUGAGUCCGCCAGCUUCGGGAUGCCAGCACGGCCUGCCGGACGAAGAUACCCUCGGCAGUUUGGCCUCGACCACGCCCAAUUCUUCCUCCGACAUGGACAUCGUCGCGUAGCGAAACGGGAAAAGGGAAAAGCGAAAAGCGAAAGGCGGAAAGCGGAAAGCGAAAGGCGGAAAGCGAAAAGCAAAAAGCGAAAAGCAAUAAGCAUAAAGCGAAAUGCGACAAGGGAAAAACGAUAAUCGCGCUCGCCCGGCGGCAUCGUGUCGUUCGUAACUCGUGAUCUGCUUCUUCCUCGAACACAAGAAUCAGCUCGUAUUUUACGGAUCGGUUGCCACAAGAUCGUCCCACCAUGAACACCAUUUACCACGAAUGUUACCAUGAACGUUACCAUGAACUUCUAUUUCUCUCUGUCUCUCUCUCUCUCUCUCUCUCUCUCUCUCUCUCUCGUUUUCGUUCUUUUCUUCUUUCCUCUCCUUCUCUUUUCUUCUGCUUUCGCCCUGUCCCUUUUAGUCUUCUAACGGCUGGCCGUUACGUACAAGACGUUAAGGAAACGAGUACCAAUCUUUCGACCGUUUAGCUCUCAUCGACGACCCUGAUUCCUAAGGUGAUUAUUCUUACAUUUGACCCAUCUCUGCGAACCCGGUGGGAAACGCUGCGGUUUCCCCCGUCUCCGAGCGUCGCGCGGCGGCAUGGCCGUCGAACUCCAGGAUCGUUUCGCGAUCAGAAAUUACUCGCGGACCUCGCGCAACGGCAACAACGAAAUUUUCCGGCACGAGUACUCGCGCGGGUCGCGUGUACCUCGAGGGAAAUGCACACGCGUAUCUGUCGGACCAAACACUGUCUCGUCUCGUUUCGUUUCGUCGAGAAUACUCGUGAGACUAUGUAUUUCGCUUUGGAGACGAGUUCGUUCGCUAUCAACUAUUACAGUAAAUAGAAGAAUAUAUAUAUAUAUAUAUAUAUAUAUAUGUAUAUGUAUAUCUUCAUGUUUUACGAAUCGUUUUGACCGAGAACACGAGUCUCGUCGCUGAGAGAGGCCUGUGCGCGUGCAGGUACCUCUCUCGUAUCUGUUUCAACGUUCGUUCGCACGUUGUCGCCAUACGGUUUCGUAGUUUUCUUGUCCUUCGUCGAUCGGUUUCGGUGCUCUCGCUUUCCUUCGCCGAGAUUUUCAAGCGAGAGAGACCGAAACAACGCGCGAUUGUCGCGAUCGGGAUCGAUAAAUACGGACAAGCAUUCGUUUCUUAAUUCCCGCCUCUUCUCGGACGAGUCGCGGAGAUCAUCCGUGUGUCCCGAAUCUCGUGAAACGCGUGCCACGAGCUCUUGAGAUGUUCAAGAGAGUCAGAUUUGUAUUCGUCGUUGCGCGGAACGGUAGCUGCAAAACGUGGAGAAAGCUGGCCGGCGAUGCGAGAAACAAGGAGGCGAUAGGAAACGCGUGAAACGUUAGUAAAGGAGAGGCAUUCCAACAAGGAACAAAUGUAUUCGCAGACGGCAUAGCGAGUGCCCGCGUUCAAAUUGUACGCGCGAGCACGCGCACGUAGACAUGUAAGUAGGCAUAUAAGUAGGCGUAAGUAGACGUGUACAAGUGUACAAGCGUACAAUCAUACUUACAUGUACGAGAACGUUACGGACUAUGUUUCGAAAAGUAUUUUAUGUCGGAAUCGGUGGCGAACUCGCUCUUUACUCUUCGAGUUUUCGUUUCGUGUGUCCCGGCGCGAUUUCUUCGCCCCUUUCGAACACGCGCGUGGUUCGACGUUUACCUCGAAAGGAGAGGAAAUCGUUUCGCGACCCUGAUCUCCGCGCGGAUGUUACCACCGGUUUCCUCGUUUUAACCGUGCGGUUGCAACUCGCGACUCGCACAAUCUGCAUCUUGCAACGCGCAAUUUGCAACUGUAAUCGACACGACUUACCUCGUUCAUGCGUGUAAUUUGUUCAUUGUUAUCCGCGUAAUCCGGUCGAAUGUCCUGUAACUCGGCCGGCCGGUGCCGCGAGAAACUACAAAGUAUAUAAAGACACGUUACAGAAAGACA